GUGCGCGCGCGUUCAGCGGCCUCUUUGUGUGGUGCCCAGAUAGGGGAGCGGAGGUGGCGGUAGCGGCGGCCUUGGUUGUCUUCCAGUCUCCUCGGCUCGCCCUCUAGCCGGCACCUCUCCCCUUCCCUCCCCCUUCCUCUUCUCCUUCCUUCCCUCCCCUUCCCUUCCUCCCUUCCCCGUCGGUGGCGGCUCCAGCAACGGCUGGGCCCGAACUGUGAAGAGGCCUCCGCUAACGAUAACGGCGGCGACGGCGAAACCUCGGAGCUCGCAGGGCGGGGGGAAGGCCCGGGCGGUGGAGAUGGAGAAUUCCCAGUUGUGUAAGCUGUUCAUCGGCGGCCUCAACGUGCAGACGAGUGAGUCUGGCCUGCGCGGCCACUUUGAGGCCUUUGGGACUCUGACGGACUGCGUGGUGGUGGUGAACCCCCAGACCAAGCGCUCCCGUUGCUUCGGCUUCGUGACCUAUUCCAAUGUGGAGGAGGCCGACGCCGCCAUGGCCGCCUCGCCCCACGCCGUGGACGGCAACACGGUGGAGCUGAAGCGGGCGGUGUCCCGGGAGGAUUCGGCGCGGCCCGGCGCCCACGCCAAGGUGAAGAAGCUCUUUGUCGGGGGCCUUAAGGGAGACGUGGCCGAGGGCGACCUGAUCGAGCACUUCUCGCAGUUCGGCACAGUGGAAAAGGCCGAGAUUAUUGCCGACAAGCAGUCGGGCAAGAAGCGCGGCUUCGGCUUCGUGUAUUUCCAGAACCACGACGCGGCAGACAAGGCCGCGGUGGUCAAGUUCCACCCCAUCCAGGGCCACCGCGUGGAGGUGAAGAAGGCGGUCCCCAAGGAGGAUAUCCACGCCGGCGGCGGCGGCGGCUCCCGCUCCUCCCGCGGCGGUCGGGGUGGCCGGGGCCGCGGCGGUGGGCGAGACCAGAACGGCCUGUCCAAGGGCGGCGGCGGCGGUUACAACAGCUACGGGGGUUACGGCGGCGGUGGCGGCGGUGGCUACAACGCUUACGGAGGCGGCGGAGGCGGCUCGUCCUACGGUGGCAGCGACUACGGGAACGGCUUCGGCGGUUUCGGCAGCUACAGCCAGCACCAGUCCUCCUACGGGCCGAUGAAGAGCGGCGGCGGUGGCGGCGGAGGCAGCAGCUGGGGCGGUCGCAGUAACAGUGGACCUUACAGAGGCGGCUAUGGCGGUGGGGGUGGCUAUGGAGGCAGCUCCUUCUAAAAAAUUCAAAAUGCCUGGGAGUGGCUAUAGGGGUAGCUCUUUUCAACAACCCAGGUGGGGUCAACUCCUAAGUCCCUUUCCUCUCCCACCGCCUUCCCCAUUUUGCCCUUGGGGGAGCCGCUUCUCAGGCUGCUUACCCUUGGGGGUGUUCCCCCACUUGCCUGCCACCUCUCUUGUCUCUCUCUGCGAGAAUGGACUCGGCCCCACAUACACAUUUUUGUGUUACAGUCAUUGAUGGACUCUAUUUUUUUAUUAUUACUUGGACCUUGGUCGUUUUUAUACUAGCAAAAUGUCUUGUUUUAAUUUGUGUUUUUUUUUUGGGGGGAGGGAGUGAACUUGCUGAUUCUGUAGCAAAACCUGGGCGGGGGUUGGGGAGGGGGGUAGUUUACUUUGUUGUAAGGACUUGAUACCUGGCUACAGCGUUUUCUAUGAAACCUACUUGGAUCCCAUGCCUGAAAUUUGGAAGCAUAUGUAAAAAAAUCAUUUUUACGUUUUAUUUUUAAUAAAUCAUUGUGUUUGACCGUACAUGUCUAACAUUUUUUUUCUAGGAUCCAUUCCGUACCGUUUUAAGGGAUAUUAGUUGAGAUUUUCGUGUUAGUUCUUGAUGUGUACUUAGAGAAACUUAAAAAGGUCCUGUGGGUUUUUUUUUUUUUUUUUUCUUUUUCCUGUUGCCCAGCUAGUGACGUGUUGAAUUUUGUCCCUUACAGGCAAAACUUUUGAAGUGGUGGAUGUGGCAUUUAAAAAACCUUUUCAGUUUCUGUGCAUCCAUCUCUUGUACUAAGCAGUUUGCUUAUCAUCUUGCCAUGGUUGGUCACUUUCUAUGAGAAUUUACUUAAAAGUAUGUACUGUGUAGUUCUAAACGAAAUAGUUUGUGUUAAGCAUGUGUUUUCAUUCAUAUAAACUGUUUAAAAUUUUUCAGAUGGCCUAGUUUCAUCCCUUUUAUUGGUUUGUCUGUAAUAAAUGGUUAAAAAUAAGGGUUAUAUUUUACCCUCACUAAAUGCAUUUUUGUAUUUUCAGAGCAGGUUUAAAAACGUUUUUUUCCUAUAACUGAACUGUUGUCUUCAUGAAAAUCCUUAUCCCAAUCUUUGUAGCACCAUCUAAUGGCAGAAUGACAGUAUAGCUGUAAAAUGAUUUGUUAAAUCUGUUCAGGACAAUUGCAUCAGAUUUAGAAGUUUUGCCAUCAAAAAUCUGUGCAAACUUGGAAGUUACACAUUUACUUGUAACUAAGUUGGGCUUCACAGGAAUGUAGUUAUGAGUCCCUAUCACAGUCAUCCUUUUUACAUGAGAUUUGAAAAUGUAAACUGCUAUACAUAGCUUGGGCAGAAGCCCUAAAUUGCUAUGAUAAAUAAUGAACCAGCUGUGUGUACUGGUAUCUUAGGUGCAAGUUGUAAAUCAAAAUAUCUGUGUUCUGCUUGGUUAACAAAUGUAUAUUUGUAGCCCUUUCAUGCAAUAGAAUUCAAGUUGUUGUUUAUAAAAAAAAAAAAAUAAUAGGAGAAAAUUGCCUUCCUGGAUAGAAAU